GGGACAGCGUCGGUGAGGCGGCUUCUUCCGUUCCUUUCGGCUCCCGCAGCGCUUGGACGGCGCCGCAGAAUGUUUGGCACUUCAGGCCUGUGCAAAGGAAGCGUAAUUUACAGCCAAGCUGGAGGCAGCUGGAAAAACAGCCAACAAAAACAUGGAAGACAGGUGAAAGAUGGCACAGUUCCUAUGAAGUUAUAGGUGACUUCUUGACAUCCUGCUUACCAUGACACCCAGCAGAGGGCUGUGGAGAAGAAAGGUGGAAUUCCUCCCUUCCCCUUAAAAAAACUACCAUGGCUGGGACUUGCCCAAUGUGUUGACAUCAUGGGGAGUUGCUGUAGCUGCCCAUGCAGAGACAGGGUUCCAGACAACCACCCCACCAAGUUUAAGGUGACAAACGUUGACGAUGAGGGCAAUGAGCUGGGCUCGGGGAUUAUGGAGCUGACACAAAGGGAGCUUGUUUUGCACACGCACAAGCGUGAUGCUGUUCGGUGGCCCUACCUUUGCUUGCGUCGCUAUGGCUAUGACUCCAACCUCUUCUCCUUUGAGAGUGGCCGUCGCUGCCUGACUGGACAGGGAAUUUUUGCAUUCAAGUGCUCAAGAGCAGAGGAGAUAUUUAACCUGCUGCAGGACCUGAUGCAGUGUAACAGUAUCAGUGUGGUGGAGGAGCCUGUUGUCAUCACAAGGAACAGCCAUGCUGCUGAGCUGGAACUGCCCCGGACACCCCAGACACCCAAUACUCUAGGGUACACAGUUCCGGGGUUCCCCAAUGGGUUCCACAGUUUCCCUGUAGAGGCCCCAUCUUGCUCUGCAGCCCGACAUGCCUCCAUGGGUAGCCUAAGGCAUUCUUCAGUUGGUGAGGACUCCACACAUGCCCUCAUUAUUCCUGACGAGCAAUCCCACACCUAUGUGAACACAGGCAGCGGUGAGGAGGAGAUGAGAGGCCACCACUGUAUGCACGCCUUGCCUGAGGUCCAUCCUGCAGUCUCCCAUCCAAACCACAGCUGCUCCCUGGAGGAUCGUAAUCCCCAGGUUUACCUACAGCCAGGAGAGGUGAAGUUUGUGCUGGGCCCUGCCCCUGGCUACAGGCACCUGAUGAAAUGUGAUGGCUUCUGCCGGCCCCAUUGGGAGUGUGCAGGCCAUAUCUGCACCCCUAACAAUAACAAUGACUGUAAAGACGAGUGUCUCACCCCCAAAUGUGUCUAUGAGAACAUCAAUGGCCUGCUGCCGCCACGAGCCACCUUGCUUCGACGGGGCAGCGGGCGCUUAAAAAUUGCCCGUGAGGAUCUGAAUCCCCCCAGCUGCUCUCAUCGCCGGACCACCCUGCUGCACUAUGAGAACCUGCCCUCACUGCCCCCUGUGUGGGAGUGCCAGCCGCUGAGACGAGACCAGGAUGAGGAGGACUCUGGUGAUGCAAUGACGCCUUCCCCCAAUGGCUACCCUGAGCUUGAGGAAGAUGACCCGUUGCGAAACUACAUGAACUCAGAAAGUGCUGCACUGCAUGGGGGCCUGCGCAGGGGGGGUUGCUCCCAGCAGCGUCGCAGUUGUGCACCCAGCGUCUUCAAUUUCGACUUCCACAGGCCCUGUUUGGAGCAGCCAAGGCAGCUCAACUACAUCCAGGUGGAACUGGAGGAUGAGCCUCACAAAGGGCGCCAAAGCACACCAGUCCCCCGUGCCCCACGUCCUUCUGCACACCCAGCCCGCAGGACGGAUUCCUAUGCGGUCAUUGACCUUAAAAAGACAGCAGCCAUGUCCAACUUGCAGAGGGCACUGCCUAGGGAUGAUGGGACUUCCAGGAAAACACGGCAUAACAGCACUGACCUGCCUCUGUAAGAGGAAUGCCCAAUCCAAGCACCGCAUUGUGGCUUUUGUACCUGCUCUUCAACGAAUCAUGUUGCAUAACUCAUCUUCUCACUGCGCCCCGUGUUUCCCAGUGUGACUCGCUGGGGUAGCUCCAUCAAGCUAACUUGAGAAAUGUAGCCUAUCUGUGCCUCUUCCCAGUCCCCAUUUCUCCUGCCAUGUAGUUUUUGAAGCCUUGCCAAGUGUUUGAAAACUUGACUCGCUUGAUACCAGGGGUGGGGUAACAUUAUCGAUGCUGCCUGUUCUUCUCCCCCCUGCCCCUUUAUAUAGGAUUCAUGUUUGGAAAUCCUUCCUUCCCAUUUUCAAGGGAUCCUCUUGAUGGUAGAAUGUGUGAAGGAAGGAGCAAAGAACAACCAAAAAUCUAAUGGUACAGGUAGAGCUCGAGGGCUAGGGAGCACUCUUAUUUAUUUUUUAUUUUUUGAAGGUAUGCAAAAAAUAUAUAUUUAUUUUUUAAAAAUUGUGUUAAUUUAUUUUAUUUAUUUUUCAGGGAUUUCCUUGCUUAUUUAUUUAUUUAUUUUUAUAUGUCAGAGUUAAGUGCCAAGCAAAUGUAAAGUAUAACUGCUUUGCUGUUUGUUCUUUCUGUGAAAGUGCUGUGGAGGUCGGGGAGGGGCUGUUGAGAGGGUCAGUGUUGGAUCACAUCCAGUUGAUUUGACAGUGGGUGUUGAAGGCAAAACAGAGGCAGCAGGAAGAAAGGAGCCGCAAUCUGGCAAGCAAGCAUGAAUUCUUUGGAGUAGUUUG